CGUGAUGACCACGUUUCAAACAAUGGAGGGGUCCGUUUGUGUUCCCAAGACUUGCCAUAUAUGCUUGAACGAAAUACUUGAAAUGCAAGGCCACCCGAUAACCGAGGAGCAAGCGUGGGCCCUGUGUUUCCAGUUGAGUACUCUUCUGAAAGAUUAUUCAAGUGAGCGCGUAGUCCACGACGAGACACCCGACACCCCUCGUUUACCUGGAGUAGAGGACAUUAUUUUCUCCAACGAUGGAAGUGUUUGUUUCAAAGACUCAAGUAGACCUAUUUUCGGCAGAGAGGAUCAGAUAGUUGACCAACUUGGUCGCCUUGUUUACUACUGUCUUGACUGGGGGCUUGAACAUGACGUUGAGCGAGAGCUGCACGAAGUUCUUGCUCUCCUUCUCUGCCGAAUGAUAAACGUGAACCCCUUCACCGAUGCGUCUUUUAUGACUAUAGGCCUUCCUGAUGUCAUUCAGGUGUGUGAAAAUCGCUUGGAUGGCUCUGUUCAGGCAGCACAUCAUUACAAGACUGUCUGCUCAUUACUGCUCUCAGAGAGCAUUGCGCUGUACCACUCCCUCCAAAGUCAUAAGACAUCUAGCAAGAGUCUUCAAAAGUUUUUGGAAUCUGACAGAUCAUCGCCAAUUCAUAAUGAUUCAAAUCAGAUUCAUGCAUGGAAAUAUGUGGUAGAAGAGAUACAAAGUGGAAAACCUUUGAGGCCAUGCUUCAGAACCUGUCCAUCGAGUGCAUACCAACCUCCAGAAAAGUUGCUCCCAUUUGACCGCCUGAAGAAAGAUAUUGAAUGCAAACAGUACGCUCUACGAAAAGUACAGAUGGGAGAAAACCCUCUGAAAAAGACAGAUCCAUGUGAUUCUCUUCUGGAGGCCAUCCUAGCCAAGCCAAAACUCAGACCUGUUGCAGAGCGGAAAUUGAGAGAGAGGCCUAAAGAAGAGCCUUGCCUUCAUGAGUGUCUAAUGGCGGAGAUACGCAUGACUGACCGGCUGGAACUUUUUGCAUCUUGCAAAAGAAGGCGUGCCAUUCAAAGUCUCAACGUUACGGGUGGGAGGCGACGUGCCCAAUCUCUUGGGAGCUACCCAGGCAUCAAACGAUUGAGGAAAGACACUGGCAGUGUUCCUGUGACUAUUACGAUGAUUAUGAAUGCACAUCAGACAGAAAGUGACGGACAUCAGAAGACUAAUCCUGAGCCUAGCCCUGGCAAAUGGCAGGUGUGUUCCUGUUGCUAUACCAGAAGUCAGUUUUUUACCUGGCACAACACCUGCUCCAGAUGUGAAAGGGUUGUGUGUCCGUCUUGCUGUGUAAAGAUGCGAGUGCCCCACAAGUGGUGUAUGGACCUCCCAAUAACAUUCUUCCGGAGGAUAGUGCUGCGGCAAAGUGCUGAGCGAGACCAUAGUCAUUUCUGGAGGGAGCGCCUGUCAUGGGACUGCAGAAAGGUUCCUUUGGUUCUGGAGUCUCUAGCCAUCAGUUCUUGUUCCCAGCACAGUUUGGCCAUGAGAGGUUGGCACAGCCAGGACAUCUGUAUAGAGUGUCAGGCUCUCCUGGAGGAAACAUGUGACUCUGAGGCCUUUGUGAAUUGUGUCACAGGGACCCAAGAGAUUUUAUAGCUUUUGGCUUUACUUCAUGCUCAGAAUUCAGGCCCCCACCUUCACUAUGUCUGAUGCUUUUCCUGGUCAAAUGUUUGUGUAUAGUCAUUUUUAAGUUAUUUUCUGAAAUUAAUGUAAUUAUUUUGUAUUCAGAUUUUUACUCAUGUGUGAAGCUGAAGAGUUUGUUCACUCGUUUUUUGUUUGUUUUAGUUUUCUUAUCAUGUUUUGUGUAUAGUUGAUCACGUUUUGUAUAUAGUUUUUUUUAUUACAAUUAUUUUUCCUGAAUUCAACUAAUAAAAAACAUGGCUUUGUUUUACUCAUUUUUU